GCAUGAGGAGGUCAAAGGUUGCAACGCAUAGAUUGAUGACGUAGUCCGCAUGAGGCUUCGAAUGUUGCCGCGCUUGCUUCGAUCUCCACUAGUUUCUUUAGCUUUAUGUCCCUCUUCUUUCGUUUUGUGACUUAAUCUGCACUUUUGUUUGUCCACCAGUCCCUCUCCAUCACGAUGGACAGCGACAAGGAGGAGUCGUCGGCUCUCUCGCAAGAGGAGCUGGACCGUCAGGAGCAGAUCGCUAAACAGUUCAUCAUGCCUGAACGUCAGGCCAAGAUGGCGCAGCUCUUCAAACAGGUGGAGCCCGUACAGUACUGUAUCUGUCGCACCUCCGACACAGACAGGUUCAUGAUUGGCUGUGAGAAGUGCGAUGAGUGGUUCCAUGGAGACUGUAUCCAAGUCAGCCAGGAGAUGGCCAGGACCAUCAAACAGUGGUACUGUACAACCUGCAUGGAAAAGGACCCAAUGCUUCAAAUCCGCUACCACACAAAAAAGGAGAAACACAAAGAAAAGAAAGACAAGAAAGAGAAGAACAAAGACAAGAAGAAGAAACUGAAGAAGCUCCUGAAGAAGCACCGUCACAGCAGCAGUGGCAGCGGCCUCGAUGUCGCCUUGCCCUUUGACCUCGAGAAGACCAAGAAGGUAGCAGUGUCACAAGUGUCACUGUCAGAAGAAACACUGACCCAGCAGCAGUUAGCCAACGCCCUGAAGAGGUCGUCCCGCAUGUGUGGGGAGUGUGACGCCUGUCUGCGCACAGAGGACUGUGGGAAAUGUGACUUCUGUAGGGACAUGAAAAAAUUUGGAGGUCCAAACAAGAUCCGUCAGAAGUGUCGUCUGAGACAGUGUCUCCUGAAGUCAAGGAAACUGUUGAGAGACAAGCUCGGCCGUCCUGUGUCCAUGACCCGGUACAUGGCGCAGCAGAAGGCCCGAGCCUCGGCAGCUGCAGCCGCAGCCAGAGCAGCUGCAGCAGCAAUGACGACAACAACAGACUCGGAGAGCGACGUCAACUUCUACAGCAACUUUCUACAGUCACAGUCUAGCGGGAACAAACAUGACGCGUAUGCAGACAUGUCCGGCAGAGUGUUUGAGUCUAUAGGAACAUCAGACCAUGACUACACUGUCUUCCGUAGUCCUGGAGAAAAGAAGAGAGCAGUCAAGUUGAAACAUGCACAAAGUAGGGAGAAAAAGCCCAAGCCAGCCAAGAAGGCCCUACAGCGACAUAAGAGGAAGGCCACCUCGGACGACACGUCUGGUGACAAGGUCAAGUUUGACGACUCUAAAGACCCCCCACGACAGUGCUACGGUCCAGAGUGUGUCAACGCUGCCAGACCGGGGUCCAAGUACUGUUCAGACGACUGUGGACUGAAGUUAGCCACCAAUCGAAUCUUUGAGUUCCUACCGCAGAGAAUUCAACAGUGGCAACAGAGCCCCUGUAUUGCAGAGGAGGGUGAGAAAAGAACCUUGGAGAAGAUCCGUUCGGAGCAGUUGGAGGCUCGUAAGCAGCUUGCUGUGUUGGACAAGCAGAGCGGCGAGCUGGAGAAAACGAUCGAACGUGCCAAAAAUGUACCGAUAGAUCCCGACCAAGACAGUCAAGAUGAGGGAGGUGGUGAUGACACAGAGCUGAGUAUCUACUGUGUCUCCUGUGGCCACCCUGUCCACCCACACCGCGCACUCAAACACAUGGAGAAGUGCUUCGCAAAGUAUGAGAGUCAAACAUCUUAUGGGUCCAUCUACAAGACAAGAAUAGAAGGAGCCAAUUUCUUCUGUGACUACUACAACUCCCAGAAUCAGACCUACUGUAAGAGGCUGAGAGUCUUGUGUCCAGAACACACCAGGGACCCAAAGGUGAAUGCAGAUGAUGUUUGUGGCUGUCCCCUGACCAAGAACGUGGUAGACACUACCGGAGAGAUCUGCCGGGUCUCCAAAAGGAAAUGUAACAAGCACUACGGUUGGGAGAAACUACGCAGGGCCGAGAUUGACUUGGAGAGGGUCCGACAGUGGUUAAAACUGGACGACCUCUUUGAACAAGAGCGUAACAUCCGUUACGCCAUGGCAAACCGUUCAGGACUGCUCGGCCUGAUGCUACACCAAACCUUCGACCAUGAUCUCAUGAACCAGCAAAACGUGCCCUUCCAGCAAAACUCAGAGUAACUCAAGUUUGGGUCGCAACAUCAUAAUGUUGUACCAAGAUGGCAGCUUUUCUUGUUGACUUAGAUACACACUGAACUGUGGUCAUUAUAAUGUUGUUUGGAAUUCAUAGUUUUGUCCAGUGUCCAUCAUUGCAUGUUGUCACAGAAUCUUGUUGCUUAUGAUGGACAAAAACUGUGUCCAAUUCAUCAUCUUGACAGACAGAAUUUGUGACCCUGAUAUGAUAAAGUUAGAAUCAAGCUAGAGGGUGAGCAAGGGUUUGCUAGGAUGACAGAAAAAAAUUAGGCCUGGGAAACCCUUUUUAGAGCCACAAAGCGUACAUUUACAGCAAAAACAAAAGAAUGACCUAACACAUCACCAAUGAUUAGGAAUGAUUACAAAUAUGAUGAUACACAUUUUCUACUCAUUGAAUAGGAAAAUAGCUGAAUUACUAGUUCUGACAGUGUAGCAUUUCUUCCCAUAAUGCAAGAAAGGAAAUUCAUUAUAAAUCAAAACUUUGUCUGGAGUUUGGUCCAACUGUAGUUGGAUUUUUGUAGACAUUCGCCUGCAUUCAUGAUAGAUUGUUUCUACAGUUUAAUGUUGAAUUGAAGUUCAAAUGCAUGCUAAGUAUAUAUGUAACAAAUAUUGUUACCAAUUCCAUUUUAUUCAAAAAGUUUUAUUUUCUGUACAAAAUAUUUUAUACUGUUCAAAGUUCUACUACUUUAUGACCAAUAGGUAGGAAUAUACUUGUGAUUGUUAUAUGAGAGGACUUACAGUUGUAAAUAAUAUUAGACUAGGAAUAUUGGCAGUGCAUGUUGAUGAAUAUCAUAGCCUAGAGAUGAGUUGAAAUAAAAGUAAAGAAUUUCA